GUUUAAUGCUUCUCACCAAAGGGCUUGGUAGAAUAAAACUGAAAGAGGGUGGAUUAGGAUUAGGUGUUAGGGGGAAAUUCUUUACUUAGGAGGUGGGCAGGCCCUGGCACAGGGUGCCCAGAGCAGCUGUGGCUGCCCCUGGAUCCCUGGCAGUGUCCAAGGGCAAGCUGCACAGGGCUUGGAGCAGCCUGGGACAAUGGAAGGUGUCCCUGCCAUGGCAGGGGUGGCACUGGAUGGUUUCCACAGGGGGAGAAUCCACAACCUCCCCAGGCAGUUCCAAUCCCUCCGUGGAAAGAAGCUCUUCCUCAUGUUGAGGUGAAACUUCUUGUAUUUUAGUUUAUGGCCAUUCCUCUCCAUCCUGUCACUGGGCACCACCAAAAAGAGUCUUGCACCAUCCUCCUGGCACCCCUUGGAGAUGUUUGUGCGGGUUGCUGAGAUCCCCUCUCAGCCUCCUUUUCUGCAGACAGCUCCCACAUCUCUCCUCGUAAGAGAGAUGCUCCAGAGCCUUCAUUGUGUCUGUGCCUUCGGCUGGACUCUCUCCGGGAGCUCCUUCCCUCCUGUCCUGAGGAGCGCAGAGCUGCACGCAGCCAGGCUGAGUGGAGGGGCAGCAUCACCUCGGAUACCCCAUCGGUGCCACUAUCGGUGACUGCAUGGGUGCCACCAUCGGUGCCCCGUGGGUGACACCACCACUGACACCACCGGUGCCACUCUCGGUGCCCACCGCGCUCGGGCAUUUCCGCGCCCCCUCGGCCCCGCCGUGUCCUCUGUUCCCAUUGGCCGCUCCCUCUCGCCGUCGGUCCGCAGCAGCCAAUGGGCGCGCGGCGCGGCGGCUCGGCAGCCAAUGGCGCGCGGCGCGGCGGCAGGGCCCGCCCUCCGAGCGGCGGCCCGGCGGGGUCGGCGCGGGGCGGGGGCGACGCGGCGCUGGAGCGGCGGGAGCGGCCAUGAAGGCGGGAGCUACUUCCAUGUGGGCUUCCUGCUGCGGGUUGCUGAAUGAAGUGAUGGGGACGGGAGCAGUGCGUGGCCAGCAGGCGGCCUUUGGGGGAGGGGCUGGCCCUUUCAGGUUCACACCCAGCACCGGCUUCUCGGCGUAUCCAGCUCCUGCUGCAGCCGGCACCAACAUCGUCUGCAAAGCCUGUGGGCUCUCCUUCUCAGUUUUCAGGAAAAAACACGUGUGUUGUGACUGCAAAAAGGAUUUUUGCUCAGUUUGUUCAGUCUUACAAGAGAAUCUCCGAAGAUGUUCCACUUGUCACUUGCUGCAAGAAACGGCCUUCCAGCGCCCUCAGCUCAUGAGAUUGAAAGUGAAGGAUCUGCGUCAGUACCUGAUCCUCAGAAACAUCCCCACGGACACCUGCAGGGAGAAGGAGGACCUGGUGGACCUGGUGCUGUGCCACCACGGGCUGGGCUCACAGGAGGACAUGGACGCUGGCAGCCUGCGCUCGUCACGCUCCCAGAGCUCAGGCUUCUUUACCCAUCCCUUCUCCACCUCUGUGUCCAUGGCAAACCCAGGAGAACUGGCCAGCAGAAGGGGAAGCACAGGAAGUGGAACACCUUCACGGGGACAAACGGAAACGUCUGUAAAUAAUGAAGAAGAAGAAAGUGCAGAAGAGCAGACCCCGGGGCUGGCCAGGAAGAGGGCCAGGGCCUCCCUGUCCGAUAUUUCCAGUCUGGAAGACAUCGAAGGCUUGAGUGUUCGGCAGCUGAAGGAAAUCCUUGCCUGCAAUUUUGUCAACUACUCAGGAUGCUGUGAAAAAUGGGAACUUGUGGAAAAAGUGAGCAGACUAUACAGAGAGAAUGAAGAGAACCACAAGACACAGGGGGAGAGGAUGCAGCUGAACGAGGACGAUGACAGCCUGUGCCGGAUCUGCAUGGACGCCGUGAUCGACUGCGUGCUGCUGGAGUGCGGCCACAUGGUCACCUGCACCAAGUGCGGCAAGAGGAUGAGCGAGUGCCCCAUCUGCCGCCAGUACGUGGUGCGGGCCGUGCACGUCUUCAAAUCCUAGCCCGGGCAGCGUCCUGGCGCCAGGAUCCCUGGGGUGCUGCACACGGGCACACGGCAGCCUCCGUGCUUUGGUUCAACUCGGCCCUUGCAACAGCAAGAUAUACAAGUUGGGGAAAGGUUUUUCAAGCAGCUCCUGCAGCACAGGGCUGGGCAGGCCCAGGCCCUGCCCCACUGACCUUACAGCCCCACAGAUUGUUGGAGUCAAACUGUUUACAGCAGUUCUUGCUCUCUUCUGAAGAAUCUUACCUGUCCUUACGCAUUCAGCACUCGGCAAGUGGUCAGUAAAAACCUCUGCUUGAGCCUAUUUGUUCUCUAGUGCAUUAAAAGCAAUGAAUAUAUCAGUUGAUUAUUCAGCUUUUCCCUAUGGAUAGAAUGUAUCUGUUUCGGCAGCCUGGCUGGUGCUGGUGUCGGACGCAGCUUAGGAAGCACUGCCAUGAACUGUUCCUGCACAGAAGCCCUUAAGCAGUCUUGCUUUAUGCUGAUUGCUCCCUCUGAAUGUCUGUCAUGACACGUGUGCUGUCUUGGCUGUUCUCUGUCAGUGUAUGAAACACUCCAUCACUUUGCAGGGCUCAGGGGCCACCACUGGGCUCUGUCUGGUGGGCUCCAAAAACCAGUUACUGAGUGAUUUUUAGUUUAGGAAUAAACUAUUUUUUUAAGAAGGGGUACUGUAGGUAAACCAUGUUAGUGUGGUCCUUCAUCUGCUCAUGCCUGUUGUAACUAUUAAUCUGUGAUGAUUGUACUCCAUGUGCUGACAGCCUGAUGUUACUGUGAAUCCUGAUCAGGGGCACCAUCUCCUGCUGCUAAGGUGGAAUGUACAGCAUUACUAACCUUAAGUAGGGGAGGGGGAGGCUGGAGCAGUUUUUGUUUAAAAUCUCCUGUUCACAGACUUUUACCCAAAGCCAAGUCACCCAAACCAGCUUCCCAGGGCUGCUGAGGACCCUGUAUUGCUGUCAGCUCUUGCACCAGGGUCAGGCUUUGUGCCAUGAGCUGGCGUCCAGGUCCUCUUGGAGCAGGAAGUGUAGGGUCCCUCCCUGUAGGAUGUCUGUGAGCAAUGACCUGGGGAAGGGAUCAGCAAGAGGAGCUGGGGAUGAGAACAGGAUCCCUGUGCCCCAAGCACAGCCACGACUGGGAUUGGUGAAAGUUCACUGUAAAAAAAGAGGUGAGGAAGGACCACGUGUGUCCAAUUAUUCUUUAAGCAGAGUUGAUUAAAGGUACGUCUCCUUUGAUUCCCCGUGUGGCAGCAACGCUCCAGAACCAAGGCUGUGCCUGGCUGAGGGUGUAGCACCUGAGAACUGGACCUGUGCUGCACUGGCACCUGCUCUUACCUUCGUGAAGUGUUAGACUGGCUUGGAAGAAAAAGCCGCUCCUCCUCACACAAAACACAACUCCAACCUCUACUGCAUAUUUUUCAGAAGGGAGCAAACCUCUCAAUGGCUUUAUUUUUUAGAAGUAACUUUUUAAUGGUACUUAAUUCCUGGAGUCUGUCCAGAGGGGAGGCUAAUGAAGACAGACGUGCCCUCGCUGUUAUUUCCAUGCUGCUCAUUAGCCACUCAAGCUUAAUAAAGAUGGGUGAUGGGCUCUCUCA